GCCAGCCAUUGACGAGAGCACCGUCCCAAAUCUGCGAGAGGAAGAGGCGGGAGAAGAUGUCCGAAACCGAAACCCUAGCUAUCCUCGACGAGAUCGAGUCUCUUGUCUCCGAUCAUCUUCAAGUGGUAUCCUACAAAUGGCUGAGUCGAAACUUCUUGGUUUCAUCAAAUUCUGCAAAGAGGCUGCUUAAAGAGUUCGCUGAGAAACGCGGGAAUGGAUUGGAAGUUAUAUACACUUUAUCUGGGUGGCUAAAGAAUAGUCCUUCAGAUUAUCACAUAAGGCUUGUAUCCAGCUCUAAACUUUCAGAAGCGGAGAAAGAUUUCAAUGGAAAAUACUCAGUUCAGGUCUACAGUGUUCAAGCAAGUGUCCCAACAGAUCCAGCAGCACUGUGGAAUGCUGAGUUUGUGCAAACAGAGGAGCUCUUCAAGCAGCCUUCUGAAGUUGAUAAUUGCUUGAGAAAUAAUAGAUUCUGUGGCGUUUCCAAUUCAUUUGUAAAGCGUAAUGUGGAGGGCACUGUUGUGAAUGCUUGUGCACCACAAACCAAAACUGUGGCAGCGCCAUUAAAGCAAGAGAAGAAAUUUCAACAGCCAAGCCCCAAGGUUGGUGUUCAAUUGCCUCCAGUUCAAGACCAGUCCUUGAAAUCCUCCUCAGACAAAGAAAAAGUCCCUUCUGUGCCUCUUAAUAAGGAGGGACAUGAUCAAAAGAGCUCGUCUGGAACUGGGAGUUCGUUGACGAACUUGUGGGGCCGUGCAUCUUCAAAAUCCAAAAAUGACUCUACAAUGGCAGAUGACAAAAAUGGUAUUUCAGAUCGUUCAGUUGGUGCAGAGGCCCAGAUAGCUACCCAUGAUGCCAUUGAUGACGACGUCAAUGAUGACAAAACUCAAGAUGUCAAAUUCAGGAGAGCAUCAAAACAAGAUCAUAGGAAAAGGAAGGUAAUAUUUGACCUCUCAGAUGAAGAGUAUGAAGAUGCAGUCAGCUUAGCGUCUCCUGGGGUUCCAAAGGCAAAAUCAUAUGCAGAUGGCAAACAAAGUCCCAGAGAUUCAAGCGCUGUCGAGAUGGAAAUUGAUGAACCAAAGGUCAAGGAAGAAGACAUGAGAAAAGCUGCUUCUGUUGAAUCUUCCGGUGUCAGCAAAAAUGGUAAUUCUAAUACUUCAUCCUCGGAGAAGAUUCAAGCCAUCGGUUCUGAAGGCAAAGCAAACUCGAAGGAUAAAACGACUGAAACCUCUAAUUCCCUGAAAAGGAGAAAGGUUCUGAAGACGCGGAUUGAUGAACGUGGGAGAGAAGUGACUGAGGUAGUCUGGGAGGACGACGAGACAGAAGUAAAGAAAGGAAAAACGGAUGCAGAGAAGAAAGAAGAAAGUAAUACAACCAAGAAAAUAAGCGGCGGUGAAGGUACAGACGCAUCCAACAGGGCUGUUGCAGGGAAGAAGACCCCGACCACCACGGGAAACGCAGGGGCGAAACAGGGAAGCAAGAAAGGCGGGAGCGCGAAAGAUCCGAAGCAAGGGAACAUUCUAUCAUUCUUCAAGAGGGUUUGAUGGUCCUUCUUGCAACCCCUUGGCCUCUUUUCUUGAUUUGCCCCCUUUGUCUCUGUUGUGUUAGAUGCUUCUUUCUUGCUUGGGUUUUGUGCUCUCAACGAGACAAUGGUGUUUCCAUUCACUUCACUUGAAAAAGAACAGAUAUUGUUCAUUAGCUGAGAUCAGUAAAGUUAGGAUGUUCCAAGCAAA